UACACAUGUAUGUUUUGUAAAUGCCAGAGAAUGUAUUGAUCUGAGAAUAAUCGCGCUGCAAAAGAGUUUCAGAAUCGUUAAUAUCCGAUAGGAAAUAAAGAUUCAUCGGUAACACGAACUUGAAUAUGUAUUCGAAAAACGCCGCUAAAUCCGCCAUCUCUUUUGAUUCUGCGUAUCGAUUCGCCACCGAGGAUGACAUAUUCUUCGAAAAUUUCAAGGAACAAUCUAAAUCAGGAAAUCCUCGUACACUUGUUGACAUAGCAAGGGGAAUCUCGGAGUUGAGAAAUCUUUCUGUUGUCGAAUCUUAUGAAAAAAAGAAUAACGAGUGGGCUAAGAAAUUCCUUGCCAAUGCCGAUAAUACAGAUGAAAUAGCGGAAAAAUUAUCCAACAUUAAAAAAGCUCUAUUCGCUGCUGAAAUAAUGAAUUGCGAUGACAUGAAAAUAUUUUUUAACGCCAUCAAACGUCAAAUUCAUUAUUCGUAUACCUUGCAAUAUUUUGAAAAAUGUUUGGAAGAAUGUCGAUACAUGAUGGCAAUUAUUAUGAUGAAUGAUAAAGUUGACGUAAAUUUAAUUGACGCGACGAAAUACCGGUUAUAUAAAAUAGAAUGCCUGUCGUACGAAACGAGAUGCUUGAAAAUUCUGGGAAUGUUUGAAAAAGCAAGAACAAUUGCCAGAGAGGGCAUGAAGGAGGCAAAGUAUUUAUUUCAAAAAAUGGAAGAAGAAGGAGCUGCGAUAAAUGAUGAAAAAAAAUUGGACACCCUUGGCCCGUUUCUAGACGUUUUAAAGGAGCAUAAGGAAAACGACCUUACAAAAAUUUGUGCCAUGGCAAAAAAUUCGAACGGAGCUACGAAAAUAGUUCUGCCUAAAGUUUAUGGCAAGAAAAAUGACAAAUUACAGUCCUGCUCCGACGCUGUCACUUUGUGUUUCGACAAAGUUAAGGGCAGGCACUUGGUGGCAACGAAAAAUAUCAAAACUGGUAGCGUUUUAAUUUUAGACGAACCAUUUGCUUGGAGUACCGAUGAAAAUAUGCUUGAAAAUAAUUGUCUGCAUUGUCAUCAUUCAUUAGCGUACCUGCAAGCCAGCAAAAUACCUUGCCACAAUUGUCAGACAGUCAACUUCUGCUCCGAGGAUUGCAGGAGGGAAUCAUGGCAGCAAUAUCAUCGGUGGGAAUGUACGAUCUUUGAUUACUUUUACCGGAUGAAAAAUAUACAAAGUUCUCGGUUGCUACUCGCGUAUAGGACAACCGUCUUGCUAGCCACAAAGGAAAUGAAAACGGACGAUUUUGAACUGAGUUCCGAGUUGAAAAAGUACUAUUCGAAUAGCGAUGACGAUUCAAAGAGACUCAAAAUUGGGACAGGUGACGAGUACGACCCAUUGGAUUAUUGGACGGUCUAUUCGCUGGAAACUAAUAGUAAAAAUAUUGAUCCGAGGAUGAAUUUGAUGCAUGCUAUGCAUAGUGUGAUAUUAGCAAAGUGUUUCAAAUUCGUAUCUUCGAAAGUAAUACCAAAGGUUCGUAUCGGAGAAGAAGAAGAGAGUGCUUUGGCGUGCGCGACGCUUUGUCAUUUGCAGGCGAUAAAUUCAAACGCAUAUGAAAUUGUGGAAAACGUUUCGGACGAGCGUACAAACACUUGGAGGCCGCGAACCGUCGGUGGAGCAAUUUAUACUACAGUCAGUUUAACGAAUCACAGCUGUAUUCCCAACAUAGUUCGCCACACCCAUCCCAGAGGAAAAGUGGUGGUCCGAGCGAUUCGAUUCAUCCGCAAAGGUACUGAAAUCUUGGAUUGUUACGGUCCACAUUUUUUGAGCGAUUCAAAAAGCGAGAGGAAAGCGUACCUCCGAAAAAAGUAUAAUUUCGACUGUGCUUGCGAAGCCUGCGACAAGAAUUUAUUUCCGGCAACAACGUCCGGUGAAUGGUAUAAAUGUAACAAGUGCUUUGCUGUAGCAGAGAAAUUACAAAACUGUUGCGCAAAUUGCGCUUCCAAAUUCGAUAGGAUGAAAAUUGACAGAGCUAUGAAAAAAUCAUUGAAACGUAAAGUGGUAGCUAUUCAGAAAAUGUUAGAUGGAGACCAUGCGGCUGCCUUACCGAUUUUAUUAGGCCACGCUGAAAUUGUUGACAAAAUAUUUGCAGAUUACAGUUUAGAAGCUGUUAAGACGCAGCAGGCUUUGAUACAAUGCUUGAACAGUAUGGGCUGCAUUGCCAAAUAAAAAUAUUAGCAAUUUUUACCAAACCUACAAAAGAAAACAUGCCGAAGACAUUGAUUAGAACUAGACAAUGAGUUGUGAGAAUUAGAGUAAGGCGUGUUCGGUGUUAUGGCUUAUAAUUUAUUUGUCACACUCAUCAUACUUGAAAUUUCUUUUAACAAAAGAAGAAAGAAAAGAUUCAAAAUCACCUGACAACAACAGCUAAGGGAAAAAUUCAUUUUACUGAAUAAAAUAAAAUUUGUUUCUUUUUUGUUCGUUACAUUAGACGAACGACAAGAGUAUAGCGAAGCUCUUUGCAUAUUUCGGGCAGUAUUUCAUCAAGACAUACGCCUCAAUUCAAAUAUAUUUACAAAGUAUUUUUUUCAAGAAAAUGCGGAACAAAAAAAAAGAGAAUAAAAUCAGUUCUGUAGAGUAAUCGAAAAUCACGUAAUUCACCUCCUCUCACAUAUGUACAUAAAUACAAACCGAACGGACUUCAAAGAAUGUUGAAAUCAAUCAAUGUAAUAUUCAUGAAUACCGCGUCAAAAUGCAGGCAUAUUUCAAGCAGGGUUCUUAAUUGUUAGAAUAGUUAAUGUCGCGAAGAUCGAAAAGUGGUUUUUAACACUAUAAAGAAUCUGCUGCCUCUAAAACCAGAGGACAGUACAUCGUUAAAAAAAAGUGAUGAAAAAUGGAUUAAAAAAAAAAAAAUCUGUCCCUCUAACUUGGACGUAAAAAUUCAAUUUCAGCGUAUCCGACAAUAGCCAUAAAUUCGAUUCAUCCUUUUUUUUGUCGCAGCUUCAAUUAUUCUUUUCAAAAUUUUUGAUCACUUACUCGGAUGAAUUUCUUGUUACAUGAUAAGAGAUAGCGUGUAUAAAUAAACAAUUAGCAUCGAUUAAAAAUAUUAAUUCUAAA